GGUGACGACCACGCAGCCGCCGCGCCCGGGUGUUAGGCCCUCUACCCUUUCGCCUCCGACUCUAUGGCGAGGCGGUUCCGCGGGCGAGAGCAGCAGCAUGAGGGACACCUCGAGCCCCGUCAGCGUCAUCCUGGUGAGCUCCGGCAGCCGAGGCAACAAGCUGCUCUUCCGCUUCCCCUUCCAGCGGGGGCCCGGCAACCCGGCCGCCCAGAUCGGAACGUCAAGGAAUAGGUAUGCUGUAAACAGUAUUGGUGACAAUGUAGAAGAUCCGGAUGGAGAUUCCAGGUUUUCAGAUGUCAUUCUGGCAACAAUUCUGGCUACUAAAUCGGACAUGUGUGGCAAAAAGUUUGAGCUGAAGAUUGAUAACAUUCGUUUUGUUGGGCACCCAACUCUGCUGCAGCAUGCCUUUGGCCAGGUAUCAAAGACAGAUCCUUCUCCCAAGAGGGAAAUGCCCACCAUGAUUCUCUUCAAUGUGGUUUUUGCUUUAAGGGCCACUGCGGACCCCUCUGUGAUCAGCUGCCUGCAUAACCUCUCCCGGCGCAUCGCCAUUGUGCUUCAGCAUGAAGAGAGACGCUGCCAGUAUCUCACCAGGGAGGCCAAACUCAUCCUAGCCAUUCAAGAUGAAGUUUCAGCCAUGUCAGAAACAAGGGAUGGCCCUCAGUCGCCUUUCCCUCACAUCCUUCCCAAGUGCAAGCUGGCCAGAGACCUUAAAGAGGCUUACGACAGUCUGUGCACAACAGGGUUGGUCCAAAUACAGAUCAAUAACUGGCUGGAAGUGAGUUUCUGUCUGCCUCAUAAAAUCCAUGAUGUGGCAUCCAGUUUCAUCCCCCCAGAAGCCAUUGAAAGAAGCUUGAAGGCUAUUCGGCCUUACCAUGCCUUAUUGCUGCUUAAAGAUGAGAAGUCUCUCCUCAGCGAACUGCCCCUCGACUGCUCCCCUGCUCUGGUUCGAGUGAUCAAAACCACCUCUGCGGUGAAGAACCUUCAGCAGCUGGCUCAGGAUGCUGACCUGGCCUUGCUCCAGGUGUUUCAGCUGGCUGCACAUCUGGUCUAUUGGGGCAAGGCCCUCAUGGUCUAUCCCCUGUGUGAGAACAACGUCUACAUGAUGUCCCCCAACGCCAGUGUCUGCCUUUAUUCCCCUCUGGCAGAGGAGUUCUCCUCUCAGUUUCCAGGCCAUGACCUGCCCGCAGUUCUGUCCAAGUUCUCCUGGCCAGUUUCUUUGUCUGAGCUCAAGGACCCUCUUGCUCCAGCGAUUCAGGAGACACAUCUCAUUCGGAUGGUGGCCUGGAUGCUCCAGCACCGGCUUCUCAUUCAGCUGCACAGCUACGCUUGCCUAAUGGUUCCCCCAAAGGAAGAAGAGGAGGAGGAGGAGGAGGAGGAGGAGGAAGAGGGUUUUCGCACCAGAAUAGAAGAGCUGUCCUUUCCUUCCCGAGUUGGGGGCCGAAGCCUCAGCACUCCUAGCGCACUCAGUUUUGGUUCUCCCACUAGCAGUGAUGACAUGACCCUGACAAGUCCCAGCAUGGACAACUCCAGUGCGGAGCUGUUGCCUGGGGGAGAGUCUCCCGUGAACAAGCGCAUGACGGAGAACCUCCUGACCAGCCUCUCAGAGCACGAGCGGGAAGCCAUUCUCAGUGUUCCCGCAGCUCACAAUCCAGAUGAUCUGCGCAUGUUUGCCAGGCUGUUGCACUAUUUCCGUGGACGUCAUCACUUGGAGGAGAUCAUGUACAACGAGAACAUGCGCCGCUCCCAUCUGCUCAUGCUCUUUGACAAGUUCCGUAGCGUGCUGGUGGUGACCAGCCACGAGGAUCCCGUCAUCUCUGUCUUUCAGUCCCUCCAUAAGUAAGAGGAGGAGGCUUACUUGGAGCCAGAAAGAAGCCACAUCGAGGCCAGAUGCUCCCAGAUCCAAGGAAGCAGAUCCUGCUUGACAUUACAGGAGUGUUCUUCCAGGUGUCACAGUGUGGCGUUUUGCGCUCUGUCCCCUUGGGGGCUACAGCCUUCUUUGGAGGGAAGGAGGGCUUGCAGAAAUAGGUCUUAGCAGAACAGCUGCGUGAGCUUCAAUUCCAAAUUGUGGAGGCGGGAAAGAAGCUGGCUUUUAAAAGCAGGAAGAAUAGGGGGAACUCAGGAUGAGCCCCUUUGGUGAAAUAGUGCCCAAUGACUUCCCUUCUGCCACAGGUUGAAUGCUCACAUUAAACUGGGUGGAUAGUGAAAGUUCAUAGCCCACCCACCCUGCCCCCUACUACUGCUCUGAAACAUCCUGCUGUUGGUAUGUCUGCUUAAGUCAUACUGUUCUGGCACUCCCAACUUAACCAAUUAUCGUGGGGUUGUCUUGGGGCGAGGAGGGGUCACAUUAGGAUCAAGUGGAAGCAGCUGUUCUAGCAAUGUGGGCCUGGGGCCGUGCGCUUCCUUUCCUGCUGAUUACAUUGUGCAUUUGCUCCAUUGACCCCUCAUUGGAAUAGAGCAAAACAUGUUUACAUAAAUAAACCUGAAA